AGUUUAAAUGUACAGUGUGUGACUAUACAGCUGCCCAAAAACCACAGCUCCUACGUCAUAUGGAACAACAUGUCUCUUUUAAGCCUUUCCGUUGUGCACAUUGCCACUACUCCUGCAACAUAUCUGGUUCCUUGAAGAGGCAUUACAAUAGAAAGCAUCCUAAUGAAGAGUAUGUAAAUGUAGGUUCUGGGGAGCCUGCCGCAGAAGCCCUUAUCCAACAAGGUGGCAUUAAGUGUCCUGUUUGCAGCUUUGUGUACGGUACAAAAUGGGAGUUCAACAGACAUCUUAAAAACAAGCAUGGGAUGAAGCUAGUGGAACAUGAUGGGGAGACCAAGUGGGAGUUAACUGCUGAAGUUUCUGAAGAAGCAUCCACUCAGUAUCUCCAUAUCACGGAGGCUGGAGAAGAUGUUCAAGGCACUCAAGCUGCCGUAGCUGCAUUACAGAACCUUAGAUAUACUUCUGAGAACGGUGAAAGACUUGAUCCGACAGCUGUAAACAUCCUGCAGCAAAUCAUUGAGUUGGGUUCGGAAACCCAUGAUGCCACUGCAGUUGCUUCUGUAGUUACCAUGGCCCCUGGCACUGUGACAGUGGUAAAGCAGGUAAAAGAAGAGGAGCAAUCAGCCAAUCACACUUUGAUGAUUCAAGAGACACUGCAGCAGGCUUCAGUGGAGCUGUCUGAACAGCAUCACCUGGUAGUCUCAUCAGAUGAAGUGGAGGGAAUUGAGACAGUGACUGUCUAUACGCAGGGUGGAGAGGCUUCAGAAUUCAUAGUUUAUGUUCAGGAAGCUAUGCAGCCUGUAGAAGAACAAACUGUGGAACAAUCGGUGCAGGAGCUCUAGAGAACAGUGUUCAAAGGAGAUGGCUACUUUAUUUGCCAAAGCCAAAAGUUUGGGGUUUUUUUCCUAGCCAAAAGCAAGUAAGCUGAGAAAUUUUCAGUUAAUUUGUGAAGCGAGACCUUGUUACUAGAUAGUGAUCUGACUGGUUGGAUUGUAUCAGUAACUUAGACAUAUUAUGUACAAAACUUCCUGAGACUUUUUUUUUCUAAAAAAUGUUCAUAUUUUGAGGAAAAAGUAUUCUUCCCCUUCUUAGAAGAUCUCUCACUUGAUUCCUGUAAAUCCCCACAAAUAUUGUCUGUUCAAAACCGUGUUAUCCCA